AGAGGCGUCUGCGUGUCUGGAGGAUGACUUGGGGUUUGCAAGCUGUGCGUCUACAGAUGCGUGUGUCCCGCGGCGUGUGCGCAUGCGUGUCCGUGUUCCCGGAGAGACCUUCAGGCCUGGGUGUGUGCGUGUCUCAGAGUUUCCUUGCAGCGUGUGUCUGCAGACGUGUGUGUGACGUUAUGUCCAGGCGUCCUCGGGGUUCGUUUGAAAAUGCGUGUGUGUGUGUGUGUGUGUGUAAAAGUUUGUGUGUCUGUGCUUCAGUGUGCUUUCUUUGGACUUUGUGUCUGCCUGUUUCCGUGUGAGGGUCUGCAAGUCAGUCUUAGGUUGCUAAUCAGAGUGCAAAGCCCGCAGGUUGUCUGUGAGGCUCCAGGAAUGUGUGUGUUUGCCAUUGUGUAGGGACCUGACACCGACCCCCCCCCCCCCCGUGUUGUGAGCAUGAGGAUGCGUCUGUAGAUUUUGUGUGUCUGUGGGAUCCACGUGAGUCUCAAUGAUUCCACAUAAGACUGUGAGCGCCAAGGGGGUGAUUGUGGGUUUUCAUUGUGUAUGCAUUGUGUGCAAUCUCUGCGUGGUGUGGGGGGAGCCCAGUGUGUCCCUGGGGGUCCCGGUGUGUCUGAUCUGAUGCUCCUGCAGGGCCCCUCCUGUUCCCCUUCCAUUUGGGUGCACGAAGAAGACCCCGAGACUGGGCCAGUGCUUCAGGGCCAGAGAGGAGGAGGCGGGAGAGGCCUCCUGCCCCUCAACCUGUAAACACAAUAAAAUUGUCACCAGCACCACAGCGGCCUGUGUCCUGCUCAGGCACUGUUUGCAUCGCUUGUCUUGGGAGCACAGAUGGGGCAGUGGGGGCGGGGAGUGUCCCUGAGCCCUGGGAGAGCACGUUCUUUCCCACACUCUUUGUCCUGCACGGGUCUCUGGGCCAGUCCUGAGGGGCCCUGAGCAGGCAAGUGGAGAGGAGCUGAGCAGGGCCGCCCCGCCCCUGCCCAGCGGGAAAGCAGCCGCCAAGUCUGACAGGGCCAGAGGGACAGUCCCAGGCUGGUGAGGCUCAGAAGGGACCUCCUGCUCUCAGCUUAGAUCUGGGGUGGUAAUCUGGGGCCGGCCAGAUGGCAGCAGAUCAGAAUGGAUCCGGAUCAGGAUGGAGAUGGGGAUGAGGAUCUCACUGCUGAGCCUCUAGGCGCCCAGCCAGCACAGCACAGAAGCACCUCAGGUCUUGGGGCUCACGUGAGCUGUCUAGGAGCCCCUGAGAUGGGUGUGGGAGGCACAGAUCCACGCAGAGGACCAGAGAAUCAUCCCGACCACUGCUGGCACUUUCCAGGCCAUUUCCUAGCUGACAACCACUCUGAAUUGUGUGACUGCCUCCUGCCACCUGCAGCAAAAAGAAAUUUUGUCCCCCCCCCCCAUAUUUUGAGGUGGAAUUGAUGAAUAAAAAUUGUACAUUUUAAAAGCCUGAGGAUCAUUUUAUGACUGAUGACUCUGCAGGGCUUAGCCCCUACCACCAGCCCACCCCAUGAUCAGGAAUCCAGGCCCCUGUGUCUCUGCUGCUCUGAAGUAUGAAGUUCUGUGAUCCUCUGAUCUUCCUUUCAACUGUCAUAUACCUUUUCCUGUCCUGGGUUUCCGUAUCCUGUUUUCAUCCGCUAAAAUUCCACCCAGCAUCUUCCACACCAGUGUGUUCUGUAGCAGCCUGCCUUUUAGAGUAUCUCCAUCCUAUGAAGGGCCAAGCUGUAAAGAUGGUGCACGUGACAGACGUUUUGGCUAUCUUGAAGAAUCCCCAGCUCUUCCACCUACAUGAUCAAGAAGAGAAUCCAGAAACCAUCCCCAUAAGAAGUCCAGGGGCUCUGAAAGCUUCUCAUCAAACGUUUAGGCAUGUUCAGUAUCUUCCAGUGACUGGGCCUCACCCAGCUGUGAGCCAAAUCCAGGAGCUCUGCCGGCAAUGGCUGCAGCCCGAGACCCACACCAAGCAGCAGAUGAUGGAACAACUGAUGCUGGAACAGUUUCUGAGCACCCUACCGGAGGAGGUACAGACCUGGGUGAAGUCAAAACAGCCUAAGAACAGCAAGGAGGCAGGAGCCCUGGUGGCCGGCUUGAUCCAAGCAUGUGGGGAGAAAGGUUUCCCUGCUCAGGACUUUGUCCUUGCCGAAAAGAGGAACACCAAAAAACAAAAGAAGGACACAGAGAUGUCUGAAAACCCCUUAUCUGCUGAACCCCAGGAGUUGGUGACUUUCCAGGAUGUGGCUGUGGACUUCAGCCUGGAGGAACUGACCUACCUUAGUGCUGCUCAGAGGAAUCUCUACCGGGAGGUGAUGCUGGAGAAUUACAGGAACCUGGUCUCCUUAGGGUACCAGUUCUCUAAGCCCGACAUUAUCUCACAGCUGGAAGAGGAGGAGUCACAUGUGAUGGAGGAAGACAGCGAUACAGAGAUGCAUCACGAUGGGGAAAAAAGACCUAAAACCAAAGAUCUAACUCCAGAGCAAAGCCUGCCUGUGGAAAAGCCAUCCUUGGGGGUGGGAAUGGAGGAUUUACAGGUAGGUAACUUCUUCAGUGUCCAUGAAGGAGAGUCUUCUCCUGAUGGUCCAACAGACUUGUACCAGGUUGACCAGGAGAAACUUUCAAGUUCUAUAAAGAUGAGUGAGCCCGAGACCCCCGCUCAGGAAAGAGGCCGUGACAGUGAUGGUUUUGAAAGAAGCUCAGAUCUCACUAAACAGUCAGAAGGUCCUCCAGGAAAGGACCCCCAGCAAUGUGCUACUCCUGGAAUUGUCACCAGCCCCCAGCCAGUGGUUGAUGAGCCUUUGCUCCAAGAGAACAGAGACAACAGAUGUAGAUUUUGCGAAAUAACUUUUAUCACCCAAAGAGCUCGUGAGAGACAUGAGCAGUUGCAUGCUGGGAAGAAACCCUUUGAAUGUAAACGAUGUGGAGAAGCCUUCAACCUCAUGCCACACCUCACCAGACGUCAGAGGACUCAUUCCAGUGAGAAGUCUCGUGGAUGCAGUAAAGGUGGAAAGUCUUUCACCCGGCACACAAACACCUGUGGCCGUGUAAGAAUUCAGGGUCAGGAAGACUACUUCGAAUGUUUCCAGUGUGGCAGAGCCUUUAUCCAGGAUGUGCAUCUUUUCCAACAUCUCAAAGCCCACGAGGCAGCCAAAGCUCUUCCCCCUAGGUUGCCCUGCACUAAGACGUAUUUCAUUCGCUAUCAGCGGAAACAUGACUAUGUUGGAGAGAGAGCCUGUCAGUGUUGUGACUGUGGCAAAGCCUUCAGCAGGACUUCACACCUCAUUCAACACUAUCGAAUUCACGCCCAAGAGAGGCCUUACCAGUGUAAGCUGUGCGGGAAAUGUUUCAGCCGACCCUCCUACCUCACUCAACAUUAUCAGCUCCAUUCUCAAGAGAAAGCUGAUGAGUGCAAUUCCCACUGAAAACCUCUAGUCAGAGAACAUUCUCAACAUCGUUGGCUUCAUUCUGAAGAGAGACCCUCUGAAUGUGAGAAGGCCUUCCGCCAUCCCUCACAAUUUCAUCAUGAUGUGAUUUUUAAAAUGGCGAAUAGUUGCAAGGGUAUACAACAGUCUUUCUGCAAAAGAAGAUUCAACGCAUGUGUCAGUAGUCACACAGAUGAAAAUCCUUACAAAGAAUAUCUUUGUUGCAUAGGAAAGAAGCUAAUAGAUUUUGCCUUUCUUUGGUGGUAUUCGUGGAAUGGAAAAACUUCGUUUUAAAAAAAAUUUAAAUCCAAAUUAGUUAACAUAUAGUGUAGUCUGGUUUUCAGGAAUAGAAUUUAGUGAUUCGUCACUUACAUAUAACACCCAGUGCUCAUCUCAACAAGUGCCCUCCUUAA